ACCGAUGGAGAGUUAUUGGAGUUUCCUGCUGUGAUGACUUCUGUAGUGUCACAAGUUUCUAUAGUUAAGUAACAACGGAUUCGCGAAUAAUCUAGUGCUUUUCUAAUUCGAACGAGAUCAAGUAAAAUAAAUAUUAUACAAUCUAGGUUUAGUGACUACAAGAACAUUUUCUGUUAGACUUUAUUUUUAGUUCAUAGAAAAAAAUAUCUUAAUGUAAGCCCAAGCCUAGAUAUUUAUACAACUUGUUCUUAAACAUUUCGGAUGUUCCUUCUGAAGCUAUUGGGUUAUGUCUUAACCAAAAACUCUGGCAGGACAGUAGAGGAUAUCGGCAGUCAGGUUCUGAACAUUGAUAGUACCAUUUAAUAACUGCAAGCUGUUAUAUUGAUAGAAGCUACAAGAAGUUAUUAAAUCUAGAAGACUUGUACAAAGUUUGGAUUAUUAAAGCUAGGCAUGAGCUCCAUUCUUUCACAAAACUCCGAACCUGAGAAAGGUCUUCAAGACCAGCAUAGUUGCUCAAACUGGACAACUUGUGAUCACAAAGCUAAUAGUGAUACAGCUUUACCGAUAGAGAGUCUGAACACGAGAAAGAAAAAAUCGCAAAAAGAAUCAUGUCAGGAUGGCAGCCUGGAUGAUUCUUCUAAUGAUUGCAAGGCCCUUAUAUCUUGCCGCCAAGAUUCUUUUGGCUUGUUACCACCGAGGACCAAAUCUCCGUGUUCAUUAUCGCCCGACACUGACCAGUCACCCAGCGAAAUGUUUGCCCCAUGUCCGAUACUUCCAGAAGAACGUGACAUCCUGUCCCCUUUAGCUCAAGACAGUCAGUUUACGUAUCUUGAUGUAGACAGUUCAGAUAUUAUUGUGUUAAAUGAUGUUAGCACAGGUGAUGUCACCAUGAUUAAUGUCAGUGGCCUAUCUAAUGUCAAAGGCUUAGGUGAAGCCAGUUUGACCAAUAAUUCCCACAAAGAAUCUUUGUCAGCAUUAAAAGGUGAAGAACUUUUAGACAAAACUCCAAACCAAAACAACGAAAGCGCCGUGGUAACACUUGAAUGUGACAAUAUAUUUUUCAAAGCAUUAGCAUCGCCAACCUCAAUUAAAACAGAAGAGACGCCUUUCAAACCUAGAAGAUGGAAGUCAACAAGUAAUCCAGUGUAUCUGCAAAAUAGAAAACAGCCUUUCAGUGUAGCCAGUGCUACCGGGAAUGACCCAAUGCAAAGUUCAAGUGAAGUGACCAGUAUUAUUUGUGAAAAAGAAAUGCGUUCCAUUCCAUGUCAUGAUUCUGUUGUGCAGAAUACGCCAGACGCUAGACCACAAGUUUCGGUCAAAAGUUUAUCAGAAAUGAUAAAAGAUAAAAGCAGAAGACAUAAACAACUUUUUCUACAUAAGAAGUCGCCAUUUUGGCAAACGGAUAACGCCAGCAAUCAGUUGUACCGAGCCAAUACACCAAUACUAAGUUUAGAGAAUGAUCAAAACUCUGGUAUACAAACAUGUACUGGUCUCAGUUCAGCAGACGACAUAGAUAAUAUUGAAAGCAAUGGAACAUUGAUCAAAUCAAACAAGGAAGAGCGCAAUAUCGUUCCAGACGAGAUGCUCGCCAUCAUCAAAGAGUUGCGCCGACUCUCCAAUGGCGAGCGCGAUGAAGAUCUUCAUUUGUCUUCCGAAAAGAAACGCAAAAUAUAUGGAAAGAGCAAAUCGUCUCCAAGCAAAUCAAAUGAAUUUUCCAAAAGCCUCUCGCCAAUAUCAGAAACAAACAAUAGUACCGAUGAAAGAGUCGAUCAGAGUAAAUCUUUUAGAACUAAAGACGCAUUACUGACAGAUGCAGACACUAUGUCAAACUCUGACAAACAAGAAUUCUCUUUUUUCUUGAACGAAAGAGCUCAAACAUUGGAAAGUAGGGAAACUGGUUUAGAAGACCAAAACUUGUCUGAAAGUAAUUUGUUUAGAGGUAGGCAUAUUAGAUCUAGAUCUAUGUUUGAUGCGAAGAAUGAGGAACUGUGGGAUGAAGCUUCUGCCCUAAAUGAAUCCGAAAAAAAGAAAAUAAACGUUCAAGACAGUUUUUUAGUAUCACAAACAAGACAAGAUUAUGAGAGUCCUUCUAAAAAACGGGUUUCCUUUUGCUUAGAAGAAACUAAUCCUGACAGCAAUAUUGCAACAUCGUUAAAAAAUCCUCCUCCUGGCGAUUCAUCGUUCGCAAAUAAACUUGAGUCAAAGAAACUUUCUCAAUCGACUUUUAGAAACAUUAAUGAUUUUUUGGCACAAAAGAUGAACCUCAGAAAAUGUUACAGUUUAUCAAAAGCUGCAGAGAAUGACCAUAGUGAUGAUAAGAUGUCGCAGAACUCUGAGGAGAUUAAAGUACGCAGAAUCCACAGCUUACCCCAUCAAGGUCUGAAAAAUAAAGAAAUGUGCACAAACGUCUCACACGAAGCGCGCAAACAUUUAUACACUUCUGACUUGUGUGACAAGAGGCAAUCCAGUUCAAAUGAUGCCAUACAUUCAAAUGACGGGACUACCAAUUCAGCGUUCAUCAAAGAUUUGAAUGAGCUAUCGGAAACAGCAUAUCACGAGACAAGCUCUGAAAACGAAAAUGAAGAUGACAGUGAUUAUGAUAAUAACAAAGACCGCGUCAAAAUUGAGUCCUUAUCUCGAGUUGUUGCCUCGAGGACUUCAUGUGAUGAGAACAAGAGCUUCACUUUAGCGCAGAGUGCUACACUAUCGGGAGUCUCGAGAAAAACUCAGAAAAUAAAACUCGUAAAAACCUGGUUUUCUCUGGACAGUAGCGUUACAGAAACAACGCCAUUGGCAACAAGCUUUCUAAAGCCUGCCCCUAAAAGUGCCAACGGAGCAAUCGACGACGGCAUAUUCUCUUUCGAAGAGGAUAAUCGGGCGUCCGAGAUCGGUCAUCUAAAUAUUGGAAGCGUUUCAAAUAUAGAGGAUGUCGGCAAUACAGGUCGUGCAGGUCACGUGGCCUUUGACGACCAGGACAAUAACGAUGAAGACACACUUAGCCUGGAGUUUUUCGUUCCAGUCAAGAAACAAUAUAUCAGGCUACAUCGUAGUACUUUUUUUCGUUUUGUACUGAAAUAUUCAAUCUUUUUCUUGACAUUUAUUUUCUGGGUAGCAAGUGUCACAGGGAUAGCGUUCGGCACGUGGAUGCUAAUGAGCAAUAAAGUCUUCAUUGAUGACAUCACAGAUAUAUUCUUGGAUCCCUAUGUCCUGCUGUCUGUAGUGGGCGGUAUCAUCUUCCUCAUAAGCUUUUUCGGAUGUGUAGGCGCACUUCGGGAAAACAUAUUAUUACUCAAAAUGUUUUACGUAACAUUGACGAUUGUACUUGUGCUGGAAUGCUUGUUGAGUACUCUGGUCUUUCUCUUCUACACGAUGCCAGAGUUCAGACAAGCUGUAAAGGUCGGCCCUGAGGAAGUCUUGAAGAAGGCGGUCAAAGACUACUUCGAUGACGAUGCUGUUCGACACUGGAUCGAUACUGUCCAAAAAGAGUUUCAAUGCUGUGGUGUCAGUAUGAGCAAUUCGGGCUACCUAGACUGGCAGGAGAAUAUCUAUUUCAACUGUUCCACGUCUAACCCGAGUGUAUACAGAUGUUCUGUUCCUAUGUCUUGCUGCAUAUUUGAACCGGGAGAAUAUAUCAACUACAGAUGUGGUGCCAACAUCAUGAACAGUGAGGAACCAUAUAUCAUGUAUAUGAUUAACACCAAAGGCUGCAUGAAAAGUUUCGGAGAAUGGCUUGGGAAGAAUGAUGCCGCCAUAGGAUACGUAGCUUUAGGCGUCAUCAUUCCACAGAUCUUAGGAGUUGUAGCAGCUCGCUAUUUCGUCAAACUUUUACAGAGACGCUCCUCUAAAACUUGGAGAAAGUUGAGUGACACGGUCCAAAUUACGUCCUCAAACUUGACACAAUUAUCUAAUUCUGCUUAAUUUAGAUCUAGAUCUUUACUAAUCCAUUCAAAUACUAACAGAAAACACUAAUGACCUAAGAUUUUGGCCAGUGAAAUAUCGAGAUUACAAUACUGGUCCAAUAUUUGCUAAAUGUAGUACCAAGAUAGUCAGUAGCUUUAUUUAAUGUAAAGAUUAGGUACAAUAAAAAGUGAAGUAUCGGCUGUAUUGUCCAAUAUAACACUACGUAAGGAAAGUCAGUACCAUUCAAUAUAGGGAGCUAAAAAAAGAACCCCUUUCAGACCACAUGAUGUAAAUGUCAUGUUACUGUGACCGACGGCACGAUUAACGAGGGUGUCAUGUGGCAAGCAUAACGACCAACUGCCUUUACUUUUCCCCAGCUAAUGCCAGGUACCAAUUAGAGCAGUGUUUCUCAAGCUUUUUGUCUGCCGGCACAGUAAAAAAAACUACAAAAACUUUCGCGGCACACCACGAAGAGUCUGUUUUAUAAUAAAAAGAAAAAAAAGAUUUUACCUGUUUUUAAGUAUUACAUUUAAUGUGAAGGGUGUGCCAGUUUUUGAGAGCAAAUGCGAUCUAAUCGAGGCAUUUCAUCGUCUAUUGUAAGAAGUCUCUCUCUUUUCUUAGACUUGAUUUCAGUCAGUACUGAAAAUCCAAACUCACAUAACUAUAAUGAUGCAAAUGGAAGAAUUAUUUUCAUUGCUUUUAAACUGAUUGCAGGAUAUAACUUGUUGAUUGAAAUCCAAAACAUGUCCUGGCUGUUUUCCCCAAAAAUUUGACUUUAGAACUGCAUCAUUUUUUAAAUCAAUGAGCUGCUCUUCUUCUUCAUUUUGUAAGAUUUGUAGCUUCAUUGUUUCCAAAUGGAGAGCUGACCCAUCCAUACUCAUUACUUCAAACUGCUGACUGCAGGUGUGUCAAAGUGUCCGUAA